AUGAACGAAAUCAACCACAAAACGGUGUUCGUGCUGGACCACACGCCGUACUUCGGCAUAUCGUGCGAAAGCCCGAUGGAGUGCGAUUUCAUCAAGAGCAAAAUACCGGUGCCACCGAUCAGCAAAAGCCUGUGGACGUGCGCGAUCGAGGCAUCGAUCGAGUACUGUCGGAUCGCGUACGAUCUCUUCCCGACCGGCAAGCUGAUCCGGUUCAUCGUCAGCGAUACGGCCGCACACAUUGUCAACACGUGGAACACGAACACGCAGAGCCUGAUGCACAUCAUGAACGCGAUGUCGCUGGUUGGCGUACCGCCGCUUCUGACGCAAUCCUCCGACUUCUCGGUAAUCCAUGGACUGCGAGCGGCCAUCGAGGCACUGGCCGAACCGACCGAAGUGCAGCGGGACCAGCUAACCGCACACGUGAAGAACGACAGCUUCAAGCUAGUGAAUCGGGGGCGCGUCAUCUGCAUCACAUCCGCCCGGGACGACGCCAGCAUGAAGAGUCUGGAGGACAUUUUCAAGACCGUGCUGGUGCAACAGAACGCGAUAUCGAUCGGAAACAAGGAGUACAUCCACAUCGAGCAGUGCCACCUGAUCAUUAUCAACCUGUACCCGGCGAACAUGGACUCGAUGGUGUCGAACCGGCCCCGGCUGGACAUCUCGAACGUGGUGAUGUCGGAGAUACACUCGAGCAAGGCGAACACAAUCUCCAACAAACUGACGCAUCUCAUUCUGCCGCACUUUGACCUCGCGAGUACCACCGUCACCGGCAUACCGAUGAAGGAGGAACAAAAUGCGAGCUCCAGCGCCAACUACGAUGUGGAGAUUUUUCACGGUCGCACGGCUCACUCGGUGUUCCUUGGCACGGAGCUGGUGCUACCGCACAGUCUGAAGGAAGGUGCGGAUUACGAGACGGUCACGCUGAAGUGGUGCACCCCGCGAAGCUGCGGUUCUUCCGAGAUGCAACCGUGCGUGGCACAGUGCCGAGUGACACCGGUCGAUGUCACUUCGCGGCCCAGCUCCUGUCUGAUCAACUUCCUGCUGAGUGGCCGAUCGGUGUUGCUGGAAAUGCCGAAGAAAUCGGGUGGAAAAAUUACCAGCCACCUGCUGUCAGCGCACGGCGGUGAAAUCUUCAUUCACUCGCUUAACACCGCCCGCAGCUGUCUGGAGGAUCCACCCUCGAUAUCGGAGGGUGGCGGUGGCCGUGUAACGGACUACCGCAUCAAGGACUUUGGUGUGCUGAUGCACCAGCAUCGGUUGGUGCCGUUGAAGCCACUGCCGGAACGACACCCGGACGAGCACCUGCAAAAGAUGCGCACGAAGUUGGUACGGAACUCGCGCUACUGGCCACUAACGUUGGGCCGCACGGUGCUGUACAACGUGCGCCAGUUCGUGGAACCGGUGCUGGUGCUCACGCAGAAGCAGGAUCUCUCCGAGGACGAGAAGAUGCUGUGUCUGAAGUCGAUCUACAACCUGUCGCAGCUCGAGGAACGCCAGGAAACGCUCGCCCUGCCCAACAUGGGUCAUCGGUUGAAGGGCAACAAGAAGGAGGAACAGUACCGGUUGCUCUGGUCCGAGCUGGAAACGAUCGUAAACUGCAAUGGGUCGUCCGCGGCGCACAAGUCCAUCGUCAGCUGCAUUCGCGACUGCCGCCGGAUGAACCCGAACGCGGACGGUAGCGGUGGUGAUGCGUACGAUAAAUCGCACGGUACCGAUGGCACCACAUCCGAGGCGCAUCGUGCCAGUGUUAUCCGUGCCACGACCGAUUCACCGAUGUCUCCGCCGCACUCGCUCGGCACCAGCAGUGCUGGCAGUGGAGCCAGUGGGUCGAGCGGUGCUGUCGGAACUCCCGGUGCUGCUGCCGGUGGAGAUUCUACCAUCGCUUCCGGGGCUACUUCGCUGAGUGCCGGUAGUGGCACGGGUACAGGCACUAACAUCGUGUCGUUGCUUGGCUCGCGGACUGCCGCCGGUGGUGGUAAGAAGGCUUUCAAUGCUGGCGCUCGGUCGCUGCUGGAUGUGCUGGCAUCAACGGAACGCGCCAUCAGCCAGAAACGGAUCGACUUUAGUGGACGGCUCUGUACGCCUUCCGGGCACGUCGCGAAGCUGUACUCGCACCUUGGUUCGAAGGAUGCUGAAACUGCGCCGGGACGAUCGGCGGAUGUGAAGUAAAGCUUUGCCACCAAGCUUUCUUUUUGUACAAAUAUCGUAAUAAAUCGGCGUACUUUGCUGGAGAGAUGCUUGAAAUGAUGGAAACGGCUUGAUUCUUUCGGGAAAAUCGCACCCUCAGAGACA